AGAACUCAGGUAUCGGCUCCCCAGCUGGCAGUUCCCUCUCCUAGAAUGAAGCAUAACAGUCAGUAAACAACUAAAGAUCCUUAAGGAAAUGAGAUUGCCUGAUAGUGGGAUGGAAACAGGGGGAGAAGUGGAGUCAGACUAUCCAGGACCAGGCUCUCAUCCUUGGAUCUUUGAAGGAAAAGGAACUAAGUGAACUGGUUGCCAGGACAACCUGCUGUUGGGGAGCGGGGGUGAAGAAAGAAAUGGGUGACCUGUGGUUAUUCCUGCUCCUGCCCCUGUCAGGCUUCCAUGGAGUCAAAGGCUGUUUAGAGUGUGACCCCAAAUUUAUAGAGGAUGUUGGUUCCUUGCUGGAAAAUCUGAUACCCUCAGAAGUCCCUGGCCGAACGCAGCUGCUUGAAAGGCAGAUUAAGGAGUUGAUUGAUUUAAGCUUCAAGGUCUCCCACAGUGACAAGAGGCUUCGGGUGUUGGCUGUUCAGCAGGUUGUUAAGUUGAGAACAUGGCUGAAGAAUGAAUUUUAUAACCUGGGCAAUGAAACAUGGAAAGGUGUCUUUAUCUAUCAAGGCAAGCUUCUCGAGGUCUGCCAAAACCUGGAAUCCAAACUGAAAGAAUUACUAAAGAACUUCUCUGAAGUUGCUUGUUCUGAAGAUUGCAUUGUGGUUGAAGGUCCCAUUCUUGAUUGUUGGACGUGUCUUCGCAUGACCAACAGGUGCUUCAAAGGAGAAUAUUGUGGAGAUGAGGAUCCAAGAAAGGCUGAGAAUCGAGAGAUUGCUCUAUUUCUCAUAUUGUUGGCAACAGCUGUAAUACUGGGAAGUGCUGUGUUACUAUUCCACUUUUGCAUCUUUCAUCGGAGGAAAAUGAAGGCAAUACGAAGGUCAAUAAAAGAAUAUAUGGUGAAGAAAGUUGAAGAAUUAAUGGGGAAGAUAGAUGAGAUGGAGGAGAAAGACUUUAGACUCAGAAAAUAAACACAUCAACACGGACAA